CGGCGCUUUGGUGAGUUUGACGUGGCACUCUGCUUUCACAGAGAACCGUGGAGAGGACUCUGCCCAGUAUUCAGGUUGCCAACUCAUUGAUCCUGGCAUGAGAAGACAGUAACAUCCCAUCAAGAUGAGUCAACAGGGUUAUGUUGCUGCACCCCCGUACUCCCAGGCCCAGCCCGGGAUGGGGGGCUACCAGGGUGGGUUCGGAGCUGGUCCUGCACAGCCCCUCUAUGGGCACUAUGGGGGUCCGCCUCAGACAUUCAACGGUCCACCAACAGGUAUGAUGAAGGCACCAGUCUCCUCUGCAGCUGGGAUGCCUCCACCUGCAGCGCCCAGUCAGUACAAUCCAAAUGUCCAGCAGAACGGCGCACAUCCACAAAGAUACCCUCCACCAGCUGCUCCUGCUUCUUAUGGACAGCCUUUACAGUCGCAGUACAACAACAUGGCCCCCGCGGCCCCCCCUCCAGCUCAGCAGCUCACCAAUCAGAUGAGUACCAUGAACCUGGGCAGCUAUGCCUCGGGUCCUAUGCAGAGCCCCCCCCCUCCAACAAACUCUGUUGCCCAGCAGCCUUUCCAACCAGCACCCCCUCCAGCAAUGGGCCAGCCGAUGAUGCCACCAGGACCACAGUCCCCCCACAUGUCCCCCAUCAUGUCUGCUCCACAGUCUCCCCAAGCAAACAUGCCAAUGGCAGGCCCCCCAAUGGCAGGCCCCCCAAUGGCCGGACCACCAAUGGGAGGCCCCCCCAUGUCAGGCAUGGGUCGACCCUUUCCCGGCCCCCUUCCUCCAGGCCCCGGAGGUUUCCAGCAGCCUGGUCCUGGACCUGCUGGUCCAACUGGAUACCCCCAGCAAGCAGGUCAGUUUGGGGGACACGUGGCAGGGCCUCAGCCUGGUAUGAUGGGGCCUCAGCCUGGUAUGAUGGGGCCUCAGCCUGGUAUGAUGGGGCCUCAGCCUGGUAUGAUGGGGCCUCAGCCUGGUAUGAUGGGGCCUCAGCCUGGUAUGAUGGGGCCUCAGCCUGGCAUGAUGGGGCCUCAGCCUGGCAUGAUGGGGCCUCAGCCUGGUAUGAUGGGGCCUCAGCCUGGCAUGCCAGGUGCCUUCCCUGGAUCAGCAGGCGGACUGGCAGGACCACCACAGAAGAAACUGGACCCUGACUCUAUCCCCAGCACCACUCAAGUCAUCGAGGAUGACCAAGCAAAACGAGGGGGACAGGUGUACAACACGAACAUCAGAGGACAGGUUCCCCCGCUGGUCACCACUGAGUUCCCCAUACAGGACCAAGGCAACGCCAGCCCCCGGUUCAUCCGCUGCACCACCUACUCCCUGCCCUGCACCGCAGACCUGGCCAAACAGUGCCAAGUUCCGCUGGCCGCCAUCAUCAAACCUUUCGCCAGUGUGCCCAAGAAUGAGACUCCUCUGUAUGUUGUGAACCAUGGUGAGACCGGCCCGAUCCGCUGCAAUCGAUGCAAAGCCUACAUGUGUCCCUACAUGCAGUUUAUUGACGGAGGGCGUCGCUUCCAGUGUGGCUUCUGCAACUGUGUCAAUGAAGUGCCAGCCUUCUACUUCCAACAUUUGGACCACAUGGGCAGGAGGGUAGACUUCUACGAGAGGCCAGAGCUGUCCCUGGGCUCCUACGAGUUUGCAGCCACCCUGGACUACUGCAAGAACAACAAGGUUCAAAAUCCUCCUGCCUUCCUCUUCAUGAUCGAUGUGUCCUAUAACAACGUUAAGAGUGGACUAGUCAAACUGAUAUGUGAUGAGCUGAAGACUCUGCUGGACAAUCUGCCAUGUGAGGACGGCUCGGAGAGCUCCGCCAUUAAGGUGGGCUUCGUCACCUACAACAAGGUGCUCCACUUCUACAACGUGAAGAGCGCUCUGGCCCAGCCGCAGAUGAUGGUGGUGUCGGACACAGCGGAGAUGUUCGUCCCCCUGCUCGACGGAUUCCUCGUCAACUAUCAGGAAUCCAGAGCCGUUAUCUACAACCUCCUGGAUCAGAUCCCUGAUAUGUUUGCAGACUCCAACGAGAGUGAGACAGUCUUUGUUCCCGUCAUCCAGGCCGGCGUGGAGGCAUUUAAGGCAGCAGAGUGCAGCGGGAAGCUCUUCAUCUUCCACUCCUCCAUGCCCACCGCCGAGGCUCCGGGCAAACUGAAGAACAGGGACGACAAGAAGCUGGUGAACACCGACAAAGAGAAAACGUUGUUCCAGCCUCAGAAAGGAGUGUAUGAGCAGCUGUCGAAGGAGUGUGUGGCGCAGGGCUGCUGUGUGGACCUCUUCCUCUUCCCUAGUCAGUACGUGGACGUGGCCACCAUGGCUGACGUGCCCUCACACACCGGAGGCUCCGUCUACAAGUACAACAACUUCCAGGUGGAGACGGAUGGGGAGCAUUUCCUGACAGACCUGAGGAAAGACGUGCAGAAGAGCAUCGGGUUUGACGCCAUCAUGCGUGUUCGCACCAGCACAGGGUUCCGAGCCACAGAGUUCUUCGGAGCGAUCCACAUGAACAACACCACAGACAUCGAGAUGGCGGCGGUGGAUUGUGACAAGGCUCUGACCGUAGAGUUCAAACACGACGACACACUCAGCGAGGAGACCGGAGCACACAUGCAGUGUGCAUUGCUGUACACCACCAUCAACGGACAACGACGUCUCCGCAUCCACAACCUCAGUCUGAACUGCAGCUUGCAACUGUCAGAGCUGUACAAGAGCUGCGAGACCGACUCUCUCAUCAACUUCUUCGCCAAAUCAGCCUGCCGUGCCAUACUGAACCAGCCGCUGAAGAACGUGCGGGAGAUCCUGGUGAACCAGACGGCCCACAUGCUGUCCUGCUACAGGAAGAACUGCGCCACCCCCUCAGCUGCCAGCCAGCUGAUCCUGCCUGACGCCAUGAAGGUGUUCCCGGUGUACAUGAACAGCCUGAUGAAGAGCGCUCCUCUGGUUGGCAGCACGGAGCUCUCCACCGACGACCGCGCCCACCAGAGGCUCUCCAUCAUGGCCAUGGGGGUGGAGGACACACAGCUGCUGCUCUACCCACGCCUCACCCCACUGCACAACCUGGACGUGGGCAGCGAGGCUCUUCCCGCUCCGGUGCGAUGCUCCGAGGAGCGCCUCUCAGAAUCCGGCAUGUUCCUGCUGGAGAACGGACAAUCCAUGUUCCUGUGGCUGGGCCAGGCCAGCCCUCCGGACAUCGUGCAGAGCCUCUUCAACGUGCCCUCCCUGGCACACCUGCAGGGAAACAUGAGUGCUCUGCCAGAGCUGGACAACCCGCUGUCCGCAAAGGUCCGCUCCAUCAUCAGCGGCCUGAUGGAGAAGAGGCCGAACUCUAUGAAGCUGCAGAUCGUGCGGCAGAAGGACAAACCGGAGAUGUUGUUCCGUCAGUUCCUGGUGGAGGAUAAGAGUCUGCACGGAGGAGCCUCCUACAUGGACUUCCUGUGCUACGUCCACCGAGAGAUCAGGCUGCUGCUCACUUAACACCCCCGUCUGCCGGACACACACACACACCUCACAGGGUCAGUUCAUAAAGGACAGUUUUACAAAGACAGAGGAAGACACCCGAGCCAGCUAGAGCCAAAGCUGCCUUUCCAACGUAGUGUACUUAAAGUAUGACCUUCAAAUAACCACUCGUCACUUGAGGAUCUACGAUACACAGCACAGCCAGUGACACUUGUUGUGAUGGAGUGUGGAGAUCAGAGCGUUGGCAUUAAGCAAUACAGCAUUGAUCUCCACUGUUUCACAUUUCACUUUGUCGAUUUACAGGAUCAGGACGAGGGGUUAUUUUUAGGCAAUACUGCUCACUUUGAAACUCGCCAGUCUCUGUUUUACGUGACUUUCUCCCAUAUAAAGACUGAAUAUGUAAUCGUUUUUAAAUCUUGUUCUCUUUUUUAAAUAUAAAUACAUGCUCAAAGAAAUUUUACAAUAUUUAAAACGUCUUAUAGAGGGUUCUACAUGUUAUCACACUUAUAGUGUCCUAGUGUCAAUGUGCUAAGUAAACAUAUACGAAAAAUGUUAUAAUUUAAACCGUAACGCUGCUGAUGAAUGAUUCCUGUCAUUACACACGCCUUCCCUUUGAAACAUAUGAGCAUUUCUGACCAUUUAAAGCAAAGACCUGAUCCUCUCAAUGAACACAGUUGUCGUUCUGCUGAGAGAACAUCGUUGGUCCUGAUGAAAAACACGCUUCUUUUUGAGUCAGAACUUGAACAAAAAAAAAGGAUGCUUAAGGGAAAGGACUGCCAAAGGUUUAGGGACCAAAGAAUACAACUGUCACAACUAUAUAACGAAAGAUAAAGAUCUGCUCUCUUGUUGGGAGGGAUUUAUUUUGAGGAUACUUUUCAGAUACCUUCGAAGAUUCCACAACAUGAAAACGGUGCCAUAUAAUAAAUCUGACUUGUGCCAAAAUUGUCAGGACAAUAAAGUUAUUGGUUACUUUCAGACAUGGCUGCAACUAAUGAUGAUUUACAUUAAUUCAUCUGCUGAUUAUUUUUAAAACAAAUUAUUAUUAUAAAAUGUCAGAAAAUACUGAAAAAUGUCCAUUCCAGUUCCUCAAAACAAGGUAUUUAAAGACAUUACCUUGGACUUUGUCAGUCGGUUUAAUAUAUAUAAAACAAACACGAAACAAUUAUCAGUUAAUCUCCAUAUUCAGAGGCAGAAAACUGCAUUUUUUUGACAUUUUUGAAUUAAAACAUCAACAACAAACAGAGGUUUAUAGUAAUAGUUUGCGUUUAUUUUUCUGUCAAAUGUCUAAUCGUUGCAGCUCUAAUGUCAGAUCAGCAUCUUUUUUGUCAGCCCUUAUGUCUAAAAAAAGUCCAAAUUCAGUAAAAUAUUUGUACACCUGUCUGUUAUAAUGAUUUGUAACGUUUCUGGUACAGCAUUAGCAUCUUUCUGUUUUGCAUCGAUUGUUUUUAUGGAGGUAAUCGCCUCUGUGUAAUUCAUGUAUGCAUUUGAUAAAUAUUCUACGAUUUUGUUUGUGUGUGGCCUACAAAGUCUUUUUGUACUUGAAAUACUUUCAAAAUGUAACCAUCUGCCUUAAGUUGCUAUUAUAAUAUUUGUUAAAACAUGUUGAAUAUAUAAAUAUAUAUGUGUCCUCGAGGUCUAUGGCUGAUUUCAAUCUCUUUGGUUUGUAUGCAAACUUAUCUCAGGUAAUUGAGUACCUUAAUAUUUGGAGUUGGACGAAGUGAUUUUAAUAACUGGAAAGAUGGACGGUUGUUGUUUUGAGUUGAUGUUUGGACCUUCAUGGGCUUUGGGUGCCAUGUGUAUUUUAUUCCAGACCCUCAACCAAUUUUGUCCGAAUAAAUUCUUGACAUAUCUG